GAAGCGAUAUUCCGAUGGUAUAAAAAGGAAUGGAAAAUGAGCGAUGCCCUUUGGACGCCGGUCGUACUUCCCCUCACCCAUUCACACUUGCCAUUCCUUCCGCUCAGUCGUUGAACGACUCCUGAAUUCAUCUCUGUUCACAUCCUAUCACCAUCAUGUUCACCUUAUUAAAUGUCUUUUUCGCACUCGCACUUUUCGCCGGAUCUGUGUUUGCAGCCCCCAUCAAGAUACGGAGUGAAACCCAUACCAUCAACAUGGUGAAUAAUUGUGGAACUGGAACGCCUACGCUGGUACAGAAUGGCGCCGUUUUGAACAGUGGAAAUUCCUAUACUGCUACGGGACCGUUCUCGGCUGGAAUUGCAUAUCUUCAAACCGAAUGUGGGCUCAACGGAGACGAGUGUACCACUGUUGAGAUGACUUUAGUCAACCCGACAGCUCCCGGGGCAGGUUCCAGCACGGACAUAACACUCAUCGCACCGCAUGCCUUCAACAAGGGUGUGGGCUUCAGGUACUUCAAUGGUUGCGACGGGCAAGGUCAAACUUGUGCAACGGCGGACUGCACUGAUGCUUUCCGAACCCCAACCGACUACUUUGCACAGACCCAAUGCGAAGAAAAUAAUGUCGGCCUCACGAUCACUUACUGUUAAGUGCGAACUGCUUCAAACGGAUGUUUAUCUCUCCUCCUUUCGGGUAUACUGUUUGGGUCUUGGCAUAUACCUACAACGAUGUGAGUGCUUCC